ACCGGACCAUGCCAUUGUGGGUGGGGAAAUGUGAAGCCCCGCCUGAGAGCGAAAGUUGGCAGCCUCUAAUAAGCAAAAGCGAACGCACCCAUAGUUUUGCUCCUUCUCUCAACCCAAAGGUAUCCCAUCCAUCCAAAGUGAUGAAUUUAACCACAACGAAAAAAAAGGCAUUCCAUCUAACCCAUCCAUUUCAAUAGUACCGAAAAAUGGAAGCUGUACAGACAUUCGGCCGUAAGAAAACCGCUACCGCUGUUGCCCACUGCAAGCGUGGUCAUGGUCUCAUCCGUAUCAACGGUUCCCCCAUUGAACUCCUCGAACCCGAGAUCUUGAAGUUCAAGGUCUACGAAGUCAUCCUUCUUUUGGGUGAGGAGCGUUUCGCCAACACUGACAUCAGAAUUCGUGUCAACGGUGGUGGUCACACUUCUCAAGUUUAUGCCAUCCGUCAAGCUCUUGCUAAGGCCAUCGUUGCCUUCUACCAAAAGUUCGUCGAUGAGGCUGCCAAGAAGGAGAUCAAGGAAAUCCUUGUUCAAUAUGACCGUACUCUCCUCGUUGCCGAUCCCCGUCGUUGUGAACCCAAGAAGUUCGGUGGUCCCGGUGCCCGUGCUCGUUUCCAAAAGUCUUACCGUUAAAAAAUUUAUUUUCCAUUACAUGGAAAGUAUGUGGUUACUCUGUGCCGUAUCUUUUUUUUUAACAUUUUGGUAGAUCUUUUUCCAAAUAAAAUAACGCAUUUUUAAACAAA